UUUUCUCAACUCGCAAUUCCUCUUCUCCCUUCCUCCGACUCCCUCUCCUAUCCACCACCGUUAUUUCCGGCGAUCGCCUCCGUUUUCCGCCUCUCCGUUGGUAAUUUCUGCAGGGAGAAAUGACGGACCAGCUCACCGAUGACCAGAUCAGCGAGUUCAAGGAAGCCUUCAGCCUCUUCGACAAGGACGGCGAUGGUCCCAUCACAACAAAGGAGCUCGGGACGGUGAUGAGGUCGUUAGGACAGAAUCCGACUGAAGCAGAGCUGCAGGACAUGAUAAACGAAGUGGAUGCGGAUGGGAAUGGGACAAUAGACUUCCCGGAGUUCCUAAACUUGAUGGCGAGGAAGAUGAAGGACACGGAUUCAGAGGAGGAGCUGAAGGAGGCAUUCAGAGUUUUCGACAAGGAUCAGAAUGGUUACAUUUCAGCGGCGGAGCUGCGCCACGUGAUGACAAAUCUCGGGGAGAAGCUUACAGAUGAAGAGGUGGAUGAGAUGAUACGGGAGGCAGAUGUUGAUGGAGACGGUCAGAUUAACUACGAGGAGUUUGUCAAGGUUAUGAUGGCCAAGUGAUUCAAUGGGUCACAAGCUUUUGUAUAACCAUGAAUGUAUUGCCCCCACUACUUUUCAUUUCCUCUUCUUCUAUGUUUUGGAUGGUUUAAGGCUUAAGAUCAGAACUGGAGCUAUUGUAAUUCUGUGUCCUGACGCAUAUGUUUCUCGGGCAUGUUCUCUGUUUAAGGUUAAUCUAGUUGACUAUAACUUUAUUGCCUCCCCUGUUUCUCAUGUUACUACGGAGUAUUGCUUAUUUUGGUGCACAUCAAAAAGCUUGUCUACCAUUUCUGAGGUUACAUAUUUGUCUGGUCCAAAUAUAGGCCUUUUUUGGUU